CAACCAUAUGAGCGUCCUAGCCUUCACUUCUGAAGAGACAAAUUUACAAUUUUCGCUAUCUUCCGGAAGGGAAUUCCAUCCUCGAUACGGAUUUUCAUGCAGCGAGUUCAAGGCGAUGAUGUGACGUCACACUUCUCGCUACAUGCGGGAUUUCCUGAGCGAGACUUCACGAAGAUGGCGGCCACGAGUGGGAGUCGUGUACUUGUCUACGGAGGAAAGGGGGCCCUGGGCACAGUUAUCGUCAACUAUUUCAAAUCAAAAGGAUGGUGGGUGUGCUCUAUGGACCUUGUCCCCAAUGAGGAAGCCCAGGUGAAUCUCGUUGUUGACCCCGCCCAGUCCUGGACUGAACAGGAGGUUUCCAUCAUGGGCAAGGUGGAAGAGACGCUGUCCGGGGAGAAACUGGAUGCAAUCCUGUGUGUGGCUGGUGGGUGGGCAGGUGGAAAUGCCGCCUCCAAAGCGCUGGUAAAAAACGCCGACCUUAUGUGCAAACAGAGUGUCUGGACCUCUGUGAUAUCGGCUGGACUGGCCGCCAGAUAUCUCAAGGAGGGGGGCUUGUUGCAGCUGACUGGGGCUAAGGCCGCCCUAGAUGGGGGGACACCAGGAAUGAUUGCGUACGGGAUGGCCAAGGCCACCGUACACCACCUUGUUCGUAGUCUUGGAAUGCCCGGGAGCGGGAUACCAGCCAACGCCACAGCUUUAGCCAUUUGCCCUGUUACCUUGGACACGCCCAUGAAUCGCAAGAAUAUGCCCAGUGCUGAUUUUUCGGCUUGGACACCACUGGAAUUUGUCGCCUCGCUGCUGUUUGACUGGGCGGUGGGGAGCCAGCCGAGACCCACCAGUGGCAGCCUGGUACAGCUCAUCACCAAAGAAGGCAAGACGGAACUGGUUACCGUCUAAAAAUUGAACCGGAUUUACGACUCGUCCGACGUGGGCUGGCAGCAACACCUGCUGAGAGAUGGGAACCGAGGUGCAUCAUGGGAAUUUUGUAUCAUUAUUUUACUCAUCAUUGUUCUGUAUUUGUUAUUUGUUGAUUCUGAAAUAACUCAAGCAAGCAGCCUUGACGCUUGAUCAUGCAAAUGAUUUUUCUGGCAUAUUGAAGAAUACGUUUAGUGUCCCUGUGAGGUGUUUACAGUUCUGCGCACUCCAAACACUUCACGGUAAAGAAAUCUAUGCAUGAACUGCACAAGACAGGACAUAAUUUUUGUCAGAGUUUCGUGAAAUUCUUGUGUGCGGCAUGUAAAAGGCAGUGGUGUUUGUUUCGCAUGGUUAUUAAAGACCAGAAAGAAUGUUUUACUAUGACCGGCAGGUUGUGCGAGAUUCUUACAAAGAACAUAAGUACAUUGUACAUGUAUUCACAUUUGUAAGGUGCUUGUUUUCAAUUGUUCCUUUUUUUUUCCUCUCCAGUUUUUGAGAAGUGUGGCUUUGUCGCAGAGAGUUAUGUUGCGUGGUCAGGCGUAAUAGUUCCAUGGACAGAUUGAAACAAAAAUCUGAGGACCCAAAACACUGUGGGGACAAUAUUGUGUCUCCAUGACUUGGUCUUGACUUUCCUAACCACAGAAAUGGUCACUUUAACACAUCAAUGACCAUGGCGCUAUUUCACGUCAAUAUACAGAUGUUUGCUACCGUAAGGGUUGAUUGUAAUACUUUUGGUUAAUGCAUCCCGCCCAGUAAUGUUAAUAAUAAGUGGAACAGUGGCUCAUCUUUGACCGUAUCAUUAAGGACAGCAUAUCCGGCUCGUAAAUUGAUGUUCCUGUUUAUUAGCGAGAUCGUGUGGACGGUACCAAGUGAUGGGUGGUACCAUCGUGUCAGCCAGCAUAUAUAUGCUGGCGGUUAACUUUCAGUGUAAAAUCUAACUGAUGCCCAUUACAUCCGGCCAGCAUUCGUUCCGUGCACAAGCACGCAAGCACAGUUAAUGGAUUCCUGGUGUUUUCAGUGUCAGUCUGCCUUCUCUCAUUUUUAAUUCAGUCUUGCCUUUUCUCGUGUUUAAAUCUUUGUUUUUGGGGGGGUUUCCUGUAAACCUUGUUGGUAAGGGGUGUGAAGUGGUAUCCAUGCAAGAGUUCUAUCAUAAAAAGCCUACUGAAUAUCAGGCAUGGAUAUUGAAAACAUUUAAAAUGAUUGUGGGUUUGUUUUUUUUUCUUUUUUUUUCUUUUCUUGCUUUAAAUAGUUGUAAUAGUUGAGUGAUACCUUCACAUUUUUGGUUGUUGGCUUACGAGAUUUGUCCUUAAAAUGUCUUCGUCGGAUGGAGAAGUACGAUAACUUGGAGACAAAAGCUGUGAAUUCCCCCCCCCAAAUGGUGAAUUCAGCCAAUGUAUUUUUACUUCUACAAGUUCAAAGCCAAGGCUGGGGUGCACACCAUAGAACGAGUUAGCAUUGUAAGCUGGCCCUGGGACGGCUGUGUCCAACUCUGGAAUGAAUAAUGCAAAACUGUAUUCAACGUAAGCUUUCCUGCUAUUUUUGUCUCAGGCAGCAGAGGUCGUUGAACAGCAAUGAAAAAAAUUUAAGAUACAUCAGAUUGAAGCAAUAUCUACAUUUUUUUUUCCAGGUAUGUUUUUCGACAUCAUAAACAGUGAACAAAUAAAUGCUGAUGAUCUAUUGUGAUCGUAUCCUA